CACGGCAGCGGCUCUGUGAUUGGUCGGCGCUCGGUGGGUCCAUUGAAUGCGGAGUGGUCGGUGAAUCCUGCUGCAGCUGCUGUUUGGACCGGAUCGACUCUGCUCUUCCCGCAAGAUGACGUCAAUUUCCCAAACGAAGGAACUGUUCAGGAGAGCAGAUGCUGUGUGUUUCGAUGUGGACAGCACAGUCAUCAAAGAGGAGGGCAUCGAUGAACUCGCCAAAUUCUGUGGUGUUGGGGAUGCCUGCACUGAGAUAACUCGGAAAGCAAUGGGCGGCUCAUUGACGUUCAAAACGGCCCUGACUGAGCGUCUCUCCAUCAUCCGAUGUUCCAGAGAGCAAGUGAACAAGCUGAUAACAGACCACCCACCUCAGCUCACACCAGGCAUCAGGGAGCUGGUGGACGAUCUGCACCAGCGCAACAUAAAGGUGUUCCUCGUUUCAGGAGGAUUCCGCUGCAUCGUCGAACAUGUGGCCACUCAGCUCAACAUUCCUCUGCAGCACGUCUAUGCAAACAGGCUCAAGUUCUACUUCAACGGAGAGUAUGCUGGUUUCGAUGAGAGUCAGCCCACAGCUGAGAGCGGUGGAAAGGGGAAGGUCAUCAACCUGCUGAAGGAACAAUACGGCUUCAAGACCGUGGUGAUGAUCGGGGAUGGAGCCACCGAUCUUGAGGCCUGCCCUCCUGCUAGUGCAUUUAUUGGAUUUGGCGGGAACGUCACCAGGCCGCAGGUGAAGGAGAGGUGUUCGUGGUACGUGACCAGUUUCGGCGAGCUCCUAAAAGAACUGGAGAAGAUUUAAAGAUGCGAAAAUGAACUGUUAUUCAUUUUAACAUUUCACAUUUGCAAAUCUGAUGGUUUUAUCAGGUGCACAAAGUUCCUUAGACUCUCAAUAGAUUUUUUUAAUAAUAAAUGGAUAUGUUUACAUCAGUGAGACCGGUUUUACCUUCAUGGAGAUAUUGCCUUAUUGAUUUUUUAUACUAGGAGAUACUACAAGAAUAACCAAGCACUAUGUGUGGAAGGUUACGAAGACUUUAGUAUUUUGCACUUUUUGCAUCAAAGCCUUUAGUUAAGCUAAUACAACUCCUGUACAUUAUGUCAAUGUGCAAUGAGCGUUAGAAGUGUUUGAAUUAUGUAUGGAUACUAAGAGCUGUAACCAGGCAUGUCUAUGAGUGUGGUGACGUCAGUCCCGUUAAAGAAAAAACAUCCUGUCAAAGAUU